AUGCCAAAUACUGCUAAAAACCACCAAGAAUGCAGGAAAUCUGUUUGUUUUCUUUGUUUUAGUAAAAGUAAACGAAAGCUAACAUCAAAUCUAAAAGAAAGAUGUCAGAUUAUACUGAAAGAGAAAAUAAACUUUAAUGAUGACAAAGUUCCACUUGGAAUAUGUGAAAAAUGUCGCUCUUGUUUAAGAAGGAAGGAAAGUGGAGAAGACAUCACACUCCCAUCAUUGUAUAAGUUUGAGACUAUAAAACUUCGACCAGAAACUCGAGACUCUCACUGUAACUGCUUGAUCUGUUCAAUUGGUAAACUGAGACACAAUGGUCAAAUGAAAAUUGAAUUCGCACAAAGUUCAGCAACUAGAACACCUUCUUUAACAGUAGAAAAAAGAUGCUCAGACUGUUUUUCAAUUAUUGGUCGAGGAUUGUCUCACAACUGCACAAAAGGCACUUUGAGAAAUAAUCUUGUUGCUGUAGUAACAAAGGAUCCUUUGGCAUCAGAAAGAAUUGCAGCUCUUGUUGUUUCAAAUAAAGCUCCUUCUCCACAUGGAACUGUUCGAUUAAGUCAACUUUAUGGUGGAAGAAUGCUUCCAGUAACACCAAGUUCGUCAUCAGCUAGACAACUUUUCUCUUCAAAUUCAUCAAUAAGUGUAAAAGACCUUGCUAAAGUUCAAGCAAACACAGGGCUUUCAAACAAUGGCAUUAAGAGGUUAGCAGCUACUAUUAAUCAGUCAACCUCACAACAGAUUGUUGAAAAAAAUUACGCCAUAAAUUUUGACAAAUUCAGCAAGCAACUUGUACAUCAUUUCACAAGUUCAUUAAUUCAAGAUCACGCUGGAUGUGUGAGGACAGUCAUACAUUGCAAGAACUUCCAUGAGCUUAAAAAUGAAAUUAUAGCCAUGAGAAGUACAUCAAAAAAUCACAUUGUAAAGGUUGGAAUUGACGGAGGAGGUGGGUUUCUGAAAGUUACCCUGGGAAUUAUUGAAUUAAAUCAUGAACCUUGCAUUCCCCCAGCAAAAAUCAACUGCACAAGCAAGGUUUUUAAGGACACUGGUGUAAAACAACAACUAGUCAUUGCUGUCAGUGAGGAGCUUCAAGAAAGUUAUACUAACGUUUUGCAAGUAUUUGAGUUGAUUAAAUUGAAAGACCAGGAGUUUGUCAUGUCCUGUGAUCUAAAACUUGCUAAUAUAAUUUGUGGGCUUCAAGCACACUCAAGUGCACAUCCCUGCACCUGGUGUGAAUCUGGUUCAAAAGAACUUGUAAAUCAAGGGAAAUUGAGGACUUUUGAAUCUCUGGAAAAAAAUGUCUCACUCUUCAAGUCAGCUGGUUCCAAUAUUAGAAAAGCUCGUGACUAUAAAAAUGUUGUUCAUUCUCCAAUAUUUAAACUACCUGGAGACACUUUGGUUUUGAAUUUUCUUCCUCCCAUGGAAUUACAUCUCUUAAUUGGAGUUUUUAAUCAUCUUUUUGCUGCGCUGCUUCAAGUUUUUCCUCGAGUAACUCUUUGGUCUGAUGCAUUACACAUUAAACAACAACCUUACCAUGGUGGACAUUUUGCAGGAAAUGAGUCCAGAAAGCUGCUACACAAUAUUGAUAUUCUUCAAUCAAUUGCUGAGAAACACUCAUGCUAUGCAGCCAUCCCAUUCAUUGAUGCUUUUCGAAAAUUCAAUGCGGUAGUAUCUGGCUGUUUUGGGUGCAACCUUAAUCCAAACUACCCACAAAUAAUUGAAGCAUUCAGAGUGUCUUAUCUGGCAUUGCAAAAUGUGUCUGUAACACCCAAGGUCCAUGCAGUAUUUUUUCAUGUAAAAGAUUUCAUCGACAGAUAUGGCCAGGCUCUUGGGCUUUACUCAGAACAGGCAACAGAAGCAAUGCAUCACAACUUUCAGAUACAUUGGCAAAGGUACAAAAGACCCAAUCAUCAUCCAGAAUACAGUAAGAAGUUGCAAUGUUGCAUUGUUGACUUCAAUACUAAACAUUGUUUGUGA